AUGGCUGCAAACAAGUCUUCCGCCGUUGCGGACCAAGAACCCAUUGAUGUCCUCUUCGCCCUGCACCCCAAGUUCGACUUGCUCGACUUUGCGGGGCCAUUGGAGGUCAUCACCACCGCUGCUCACGACUUCAAAGACGAUUCCACCAAAGCCUUCGAAGCGACCAUUGCGAGCAACGAGCCCAAGGUUCUCAGCUCCCAGGGCGUCGUCAUCGGCUCCCAGAUCUCUUUCAAGGAGGCCCACGACCGCCUCGAAGACUUUGACGUCCUCGUCGUCGUUGGCGGCAAUUACCAAGAGAUCAUCGACAAGGAAGCAGAGCCGUCCGGCCUCAUCAACGACUUUGCCGAGCUCCAGAAAAAGGACCCGGCCCGCGAACGAACCAUCUUGUCCAUCUGCACCGGCUCGCUCUUCCUCGCCAAGGAGGGCAUCCUUUCGGGGCUUUCGGCCACGACUCACCCUGACCACAUGACCAAGUUUGAGAAUCUCUGCAGCGAGGCCGCGACACGAAACUUGACUGAGCGCACCGACGUCAUUGAGGACGCCCGAUACGUGGUCAACAACCUCCGCUUCGACCUCGGCGAUGAGGACGAGAACCCAUACAUCCGCCGCAAAUCUGACUCUGGACGCCGACCCUCGAAUGCCCGGGUCAUCACAUCAGGGGGAAUCAGCUCCGGCAUUGACGCGGCCUUGUAUCUCGUCAGCGCCCUGGUGGACGAUGAGUGUGCAGUCGAGGUGGCUAGGCUUAUGCAAUGGAAUUGGAGCAAGGGCGUUGUCGUUGACGGUCUCGACGUAUAA